AUGUCUGCCACAACUGCCCAUGAUGUCGACGUGGCUGCCCAUGCCCAUGCCCCGCCUGCGACGGCCAAGACGCUGACCUCGUCCCCUACUGCCGUCGCCGCCGAUGCCACCUCCCGCCGCAAGGAACCUCCUCCCGAGAAGCCCUCAGACUCCCGCAGACGGUCUCUGGUCAUCCUUUCGUUCUGGUUGAUUGUGCUGUGUCUGGGUCUUCCAAUAUGGUGGCACACAACCACCAUUCCGCGCGCCAGCUUGCCCCUGGACGACAUGAUGGACUGGGCCGUGGGCAAGGCCUGCCGCCCCGUGUUCCCGCUUCGCAUCUCCAUCCAGGCGAGCCAGUUGCAAGACCAGGAAGCCCAGAACUUGUUGCGUUUGACCCAACACGCUCUGGAUGAUCUGAACGAUUUCCCCGGCCACCACCUGCGACUCCAGCUCGACCCUCGCGCCAGUACUGUCAAUGGCUCCGCCAGCCUCGACGAAGCUGCCCUCGUCAUACGCCUUCAGCCCGGCGAGUCGAUCACCGCCUCACUGCACCCUUACCAGCCCAUACUCGACAUUACUUACACGCCGAAUGCGAUCCCAUCCCCGAGCUCUUCCUCCUCGUCGCUAGCCACAUAUGUCGCCAGUGAGCUGCGCUCCACGUUCGCCGAGGAGCAGACCAUUAUCUCAUACCUGCUGUCCACCUCCUCUGCAGCGCCCGAACACAAGCCCCAGGGUCUGGCCCCUGACGCCGCAGGCACAAUCGCAAAGCGCACCACCCGUUCUCUCAGGUACGCACCUGCGUACCAUCUCACCUUCUCGCUUUUCACCGAUGGGCCCGCGCCCAGCAGCUGGGACAUCGAGGCCGCCAUCGACGAGUACAUGAAACCGGUCCUGGAUGUUCUCGGGCCCAUCCACAACUUUACCAUUGACACACAGGUCCAGCUUUACGCCGCCCCGGGUGUCCAGUCCCCUGUUCUGAGCAAGGACGAUCUGUCCUCUUUCAUAAACGCUGCAGAGUGGCCAUUAUCGCCAUCCAUUGGCGGUGCUCCUACCGUGAACUUUAUCGUUUUCAUUGGCAAUCAAACCAUCGCGCUGCCCCCCACGCACCAAGACGCUGGGGAGAGUGAGACUGCCGUGUCUGAGACUUCUCACUCCUGGCUCAUUCCCCAAUGGGGCACUGUCUAUCUCCUCAAUCUGAACAGUGACCAGGGCCACCUUGGGGUCGAACAUCUCAAACAGCCCCUCCUGACCUUCACCACCCAUCUCCUCUCUCUCCUAGGGACGCCCACCUCGGGGUCCCUGCCACUGCGCCUUUCAACCCUCUCUCGCAUCCGUUCUGCAGACCUUCUCCUCCGCGCCUCUAGCACUCUGGGCUCACUUGCCCGUCUCUCCCUUGCUCUCCCCUCCAUGUCGAUCCCGCAGUCUGUCGCCGACGGUGUCAGCACCACAAUUCGACAUCUCCGGCUGGCCUGUGAGACCCUUGGUACCCCUGGAGGGCUGAUUCACGCACAAAUUGCGGAGGCUGCGGCUGAAAAGGCCUUUUUUGAGAAGAGCAUGGUCGGCCAGCUGUAUUUCCCAGAUGAGCACAAGAUCGCGGUCUACCUGCCACUACUAGGACCGGUCGGCGUGCCGCUGGUCAUGGGCUUGUUGAAUGAGCUGGCUGCUUGGAAGAGGAAGAGGCGAGAGAAGGCCGAGAGUGAAAAGACGAAGAAGGAUGAAUAA